AAAAAAUUCGCGACAAGCCACCGGGCGUUGCGCGUCCUCCGACUCCACUCUUACCUCCCUCUGACGCAGAUCCCCAAUCAAACAGACGCACGCUUCCCCCCGGAAUCAACCCUCCCAGCUAAUUUAAUCCCCCGCUCCUUCUCCACUCGCCAGCCCCAGCCCCAGCCCCCAGAUCCUCAAUCUUCCCGAUUGGAACCGGGCAGAAGCUGCGGCGGCUACGGCGUUUCUAGGGUUAGCUCUUGUGCCACGGGCAUUUCCCAAUACUCCGCUGCGAAUCUUCGUAUUACGCGGCGCCUUUGUGAUUAUCAUUCCGAAUUCGGGGCCGAUUAGUUGUUGUGGUCUCUAUACAACUCAAGCCUCCCCCCUCCUAUUCUUCAAAUUGUAUCCUUUUCGCUGCACUUGCCUGCGUGGUAACACAGAGAGUAAUUUAAGGGCUGAACUGUGCAACGAGAUAUGGAUGCAAAGAAGAAGAGGAACAAGAAGAAGAAGGGAAACCAAGGGAAGAACACCGGUGAUGUAACUGGAGAAGCUGCUCCGCAGGACCACAAUCACGAGUCAGCUCCAACAGACAACAAUCACGAGCCAACUCCACAGACAGAUCAUAAUGGCACAAGUGCCCAUGAUACCACAUCCUCUGUUGGAGAGGGGAUUCCAUGCUACGAGAACAAUGAAUCUACCAUGACACAGGAAAAUCACAAGGUCAGCAAUGCAAUCCCUGCAGAUCAGAGGAGCAUUGGGAUGUCAGAAUCUAGUGUGGAGCUUGACGUACACAGACUUAAUGAUGCAAAACUCGAUAAAUUACAUGAGACAAUAAAGCAUUUGGAAGAUGAAAAGAGUUUAUGGCUUCAAAAAGUGAGCAUCCUGGACAGUGAACUUGAAAAGUUGAAUAACAAAGUGGGUUGUCAUUCACAAAAUGAGGUACUUUUAGAGGAAAAACUGAAUAGUUUGCAAAAUGGUUAUGACUUGCUGGUUAAGAAGGAGGAAGUUUUGGAUAGCAAAGUCAGGCGCAUAGAGGACAUCAAUGACACCUUAACUCAUCAAGAGGCUUCUCUUAAAGAAAGAUUAAGCGGGCUGGAGGAAACAAAUAAAGCCUUGCAAUCACAGGUGAAGGUGUUGGAGGAAACUUCAAACAGUACUGUUGAGGAAAAUCAGAGGUUGGUGAAAAGUCUGAAUGAACUGGAUUCAAGAGUACAAGCACUUGAAGCAAAGGCUGCUCUUAGUGAAGCCUCGAUAACUGAAAAGGUCCCUGAAUUUAAGGUGAUGGAUCAAAUGGAUUUGACCGGUUCAGUUCUCCAUCAGCCGACCACUGGUUUCACCGAGGUAAUUGGCAAAGGUAACGAAAUGAUUGCUGACAGAGGUCUGAACAGUUCUGUGACAAUUAUUUCUGAUAGUAACUAUAGUCAAAUCAACAACAGUCACAGCAAUGUGUAUGCUAGCAAUCAUCAAGAAGAAGCAUCAACACAGCUUCGGGAAAAGGUCAGCAACAAUAGUACAGCCCAAUGUCUCAUUGAUGCGAAUGAGCGUCAAUUUGAUGAACCAAGAAUGAGUGAAGAAAUUGUGCCAGUUCCGUUGGAUGAUAUACAGAUUCAUGAGGAUGAUGACCAGCAAUCAGGAGAAGAUGAGACAGCUGAGGUUCCAUUUUCUGACGCUCCUAUCAUUGGUGCCCCAUUCCGGUUGAUUUCAUUUGUUGCAAGGUAUGUCAGUGGUGCUGAUUUGGUGAGUGAAAAAUAACUCGUUGUCUGCCUAUCAAGAUCUGUACAUUGGAAAGAGGGGUCCCUUUUUGAUUGUGCUGAUCCGUAGCUCCUUCAGUAAGCUUUUGAAGUUCUUACAGCAUGUUAAGAUAGGAUGAGUGCGCUGAAUUCAAUAGAGAUGUGGAAGCUCUGUUCAUCCAUGCAGUGCUCGUGUCGCUGCCUUUUUUUUCUCCCUCCCCGUCAUUUUUUCUGGUGCAGGAGAAAUUCUUGUUCUCGACUUAUACAAGGGGCUGUGUACCAUGGCCCUUCUAUACCAGUCUGACCAUGUGAAAGUUGUAUUGACCAGAUAUUCCAUUUAACAUCUGAAAUUAUGGUAUACGCCAGGAGAUGCUAGAUGCAUUAACCGGUGUUUCUUCUGAAAGAUGGCUACUUGGAUCGAUUUAUUGCAUGUAUUGGAUUGUGUUAUGUUGUUAAUUUACAUCAUUGUUGUC